CGACCCCAAGCCGCUGCUGAGCCGGCCGGCGUGUUGACCGUGGUGGGCGUGGUGGGCAUGGUGGGCCUGGGUCUUGCAUAUUCCGUCAUGCAUGGUCUCUCUGGGCUGCCAACGCAUCAAGAGUGUGUGGCUUCCAGACGCGCGCUGCACCCCUUCCCGCCAGGCCCCUCAGUCCCUCCCAUUCCCCAUUUUCUCCAUCCCCCUUCAUCCUGGCUGGCAUAUAUACACCCAAGCUAACGCCUAUGGUUGGACAGAACUCUUUGAGCAAGCAACUGACCAGCCAAGUGCAGUUUCGCGUCGCGGUCUGCCCUGUGCUCGACAAUCCAAGCUCUCUUUGCAACUCUACCUCGCUUCGUUCUCACGUGGCCUCGAUUCAAGUUACCUCAGCCACCCCAGACCGUGUCCAGCCACGACAUCAGCCCGCAUAUGCCGUGGUCGACCAUCUGAGCUGCCUUGCCCCCAUCCCGCCUGCCAGCUCAUCCACGCAUAUCCAAUAGGUUGGGUGCCCGGACAUCCCAUACCUUUGGGACAACCCUAUCGUCAAAACCGACGACUCCCAACCCGAAUGCCCAACUAUACCCAAGCAACCAACGGACCUUAAACACCCCGCAGCUCGCUAAUCGGGUCCCUCCUUCGAUUGCAGCUAUUCGUUAUCUGCGCUCCUUGCUCUGCCAUUGCUCCAUCUCUGCGCCUCGCGUU